ACAUAAGCGCGCUACUCUUCUGUCGCGCACUCUAAAGUCUGCGUCAGUUUCACACAAAUACACCAUGGCAGCAGAACAGCCCAGGAGACGAUGUGAGGGUUACGGCCAUUCUCCGAGGUUACCGAGGAGACAGGCUCGGGUGACUGUUAAGUAUAAUCGGAAGGAACUGCAGAAACGACUGGAUGUAGAAACUUGGAUCCAAGAUAGCCUGGACCAGCUCUACGAUGGCAUGGAAGAACAUAUGCCUGAUGAGGUGGACAUUGAUGAGCUGCUGGACCUCCCAAAUGAUGAACAAAGAACCAAAAAACUACAGGAGGUCCUGGGGGGAUGCAUAAAUAACACACAGGCCUUUAUCAGUGAGCUGCUGGUGAAAGUUCAAGGUGUUCACAAACAGGAGGAGCUUCAGAACAAGGGUGUCGAGCAUCCUGGUCAUCAUGGUUACCCCCAUCACCACAGUAACCUCAAACCCCACGAUGACCACUUCCAUCAGCGGUCCCACCAGACUCUCUGACCAUAUACUCUGGUGCCCAGUGGAGUGAAGGCUUAUGCUCCACUCUGUCCCCAGCACAGACAGACUGUCACCUAACACACACACACACACACACACACUCUCCCACAGCAGAUCACUGUCUACCUUUACACUAAUAACUAAUAUAUAUGUGUAUACACACACACA